CGGGGGAGGUUCGAAUGUGAAGCUUUUUUUUUUUUCUCCUCGUUUUAGUGGACCGUCCCACUUUAAACCGAAGUGGGCGAGCUGGGAUAGGCUGGGAGUGUGCUUGGCUGCCGAGCAAGAGAGAAAGAAAGACAGAAAAGGAAAGGAGCUAACUAGGAAGUCUACAACUUCUCCCAGGCAGCGUGACGUGCGUGGUACGGGAAAUAGGACGACUUACCGGAGGAAAAAAAAAAAGACUAUUUGGAGGUGCACAUCUGGGAGACGCGGAUGACUGAGACCCGUCACGGUGCAAACUUUAUUUAUCGCUCAGAUUGAUCUUCUUGGAGGCGUCACACCGAGGAGUAUAUCAUGCCGAGGAGGACCGUGCAAGAAGUGACCGUGCAGGAUGUCCAAAAACGGAGAAACCCCAGCAAACAUUAUGUUUACAUCAUCAAAGUAUCCUGGACCGAUGGCAGCACGGAACUCAUUUACAGACGCUACAGCAAGUUUUUCGACCUGCAGAUGGAGCUGCUGGAUAAAUUCCCAGUCGAAGGGGGUCAGAAAGACCCCAAGCGAAGGAUCAUCCCGUUCCUGCCGGGGAAGAUCCUGUUCCGGAGAAGCCAUAUCCGAGAUGUGGCCAUGAAAAGGCUAAGGCCCAUCAAUGAGUACUGCAGGGCCCUCAUCCAGCUCCCGGUGUACAUCUCACAGUGCGAGGAGGUCAGAGUGUUUUUUGAGACCAGACCCGAAGACCUCAACCCACCCAAAGAGGAACCAGCCGCAAAGAAGAAAUCAGGGUUUGCCGAGAGAGCGACUACUUUCCUAAAGCGAGGAGACGGCACUUCGGCGGACCCGCUGCUUUUGGACCAGUAUGUGGCCGUCACGGACUACGAGAAGCAAGAGAGCUCCGAGAUCAGUCUCCGGGUGGGUCAGGUGGUGGAGGUCAUUGAGAAAAAUGAGUCCGGCUGGUGGUUCGUGAGUUCCGAAGACGCCCAGGGCUGGGUUCCUGCCACCUGCCUGGAGGCCCAGGAUGACCCCGAUGACUUCACUCUUCCGGGAGACGAAGCGCCUCGGAGAUUCUGGUCUUUGCCGAGGCACGUGGGCCGCCGUCGAACUUUAGGGGAUCUUAUCAGCACGGGCUUUGGGCAAGAAGAAAAAUAUUCCGUGGUUUAUCCUUACUCGGCCCGGGACCAAGAUGAGAUCGACCUGGAGAGAGGAAUGAUUGUGGAGGUCAUUCAGAAAAACUUGGAGGGCUGGUGGAAGAUCAGGUACCAGGGACGCGAGGGCUGGGCCCCGGCUUCCUAUUUGAAAAAGACCGACAUUCAGAGCCAGAAGCAGGCGUCGGGCGGCGCCACGCACGCCAGCGCCAACGACCUGGACGGAUUCUCCAAACAGAGCCAGCUGACCCGAGAGACCCGAGACGGCAGCCAGAAAGAAAACAGACUUUCGUUCUUUUCUGACAACAAAAGAUUUGGACUAAGACAAAGACCUCCUCCACGCAGAGAUCUUUCCAUACCACGAGGUACGAACCUUCCCAAGCCGCCUGGUCCUCCGCAGGUCGAGGAAGAGUUCUACACAAUAGCCGACUUCCAGACCACCAUCCCCGAUGGGAUCAGCUUCCAGGCUGGAGUAAAAGUGGAGGUGAUUGAGAAGAACGGCAGCGGCUGGUGGUACAUUCAAAUCGACGAGCAAGAAGGUUGGGCUCCGGCGACAUUUAUCGAUAAGUACAAGAAGACAAGCAAUGCCGUGCGGCCCAAUUUUUUGGCCCCUCUGCCCAAUGAGAUGGAGAGGUUGCGACUGGAGGACAGCGGUUCUUCAAAUGCACCGUGCACAGAUGAUAGCUGGUCUAAGCCCUUACCGGAUGAGCCCACCGGAGCCCCCGAAUCAUGCACCCGAGCCAAGCUUAGAGACUGGAAGUCUGGUGCUACUAAGUCUUCCGCCUUCUCCGGACCACUGCCUCCAGCCCCCGUGGCGCCGCCGGAUGACAAACCAGCUCUGCCCCCCCGAAGAGAGUCCAUCAAUAAAAGCUUUGACUCGGAGGCGGCAGACAAACCGGCCAGACCGGAUCAUUCCAAGCCUUUGCCCCCUAAACCUCCAGCUCCCGGGGUCAUCGUGCCGCUGGUUCCGCCAAAGGCGGCUCCUUUCAAAGCAGACAAAACAACCGAACCAAAGAAAGAGGACAAGAGCAAAGCGCUUCACCUUCGCAAUGAGAUGGGUCUGGAAUGCGGUCACAAGGUCUCCGCCAAAGAGGUCAAGAAGUUUAACCUGAAACCGGUCCCCAAGCAGCCACCCAAACCCAAGGCCGAAGUCAGCGAGGAGAAACCGGAGGCAGCUUCUCCAGCGGUAUUUAUGAAGCCAAAGCCGGUGAUCCGACCGAAACCCAUUCCGGCCGCGAAGCCGGAGUCGCCAGCGGAGAACAAAGUCGACAUCACCAACCUGAGAAGUAAGCUGAGGCCUUCAAAACCCGCGGAUCCCGGCUCCGCUUCAGGGGAGGUCACCCAGCCGCACGAUAACCCGGCGGUCCUUCCUAGCGCGCCACCCUUUCAUAGCUCAUCUCUGAAUAAUGGCAAGAACUGUGACGAACCAAAAUUCCCGCCUAAAAACAUGAACGGCCAUAGUCAAGAGAGCUCGCCACCUCCUGCAAAACCAGCAGUCCCUCCCCACAAGGAGGCCCCUCUAAGACCCCCGGCCUUGGCCCCGAGAAGACCUCCUCCUCCAAAGAAAACCACCCCAUCAAGCCCAACUGAGAUCAAACCACCCACUGCUUUCAAAGACGCUCAAGAUUCUCCUAAGACCGGACCGCAACUCAACAGACCCCCACCCCCGAAACCAAAGGGCUUUUCUCCAGCUAUCCCAAGCAAAGAAAAAGAAGAAUCCAAGGGUAGUAAAAUCGUGAUUCCCCCCAAACCUCAGGUGAAGAGCGACAAGCCCGGCCCGCCCAGAGACAAGCUCCCACCUUUGCUCAAGGACAAGGAAUCCAACAAGGAGGAGCUCUACCUGGCCGUGGCGGACUUCGAUGGCGACGACCCGACCUCCAGCUUCAAGGUGGGGACGCUCUUUGAGGUGCUGGAGAAGAACAGCAGUGGCUGGUGGUUCUGCAAGAACAUAGGAGAAGAUGUUGAGGGCUGGAUCCCUUCCAAUUACUUGAGCAAGAAACCGUGAGGCACUCAGACCCAAAUGCUGUAGAUAAAAAAAACACACCCCAAAAAAAGCAUCACUACUUUAUAGCUAGUAUUCAUUUUUAAUUUAUAGGUACUGUUUUUUUUUUGUUUGUUUUUUUACUUAUACAGCAACACCACCAUGGACCUACAAGGCUUUGUUUACUAUUUUUAAUCUAACUAUGACAUUAGAACCCUUUGUUUCUUUUUUUUUGCCAGAUUCAAGUUAUCAGCUGCAUUAAAUGAGAGAGGAGUGGUAGCGUAGCGUUACAAUUUACAUAGGAGGGUUGGGGGGGGUCCUUAUGGUGUAGGCGCUGUAACCCAAAUCAGUUUGUAUGCGCCGUAUACUACCCGUAACCUAUUGCUGGUAUUGGGUGGUAUCCGUUUAUCUCCAAAACCAUUUUUUUCAAGAAACAAUGACAAACACACACACACACCAAUCAAUCGACUUACCAGAGAUGCUGAGUAAAGACAGAAUCCCUUGUAACUACGCCUUCUCGGAUGGCAGUAACCCUGUAUGUGCAAAAUAUGUUUAAUAUGCAGAAUUCAGGCAAAGACUCCUCCCUGCAUCACAAAAAAAAAAACACUUGAACAUCCAAGAUUACUUUUUGUUGUAAACAAAUAGUUGAUUGGGGUUUGAUGGACAUUCGGUACGAAAAGCAAUCGAGUUCACUUUGCUAAGCGUAAGAGCUUUGUUCAUGACGGUCACGCGUGUUCAAUUUGCUCCUGCGAUCCUUCCAUUUUUUUAAACUUUUUUGAAUAUAUAUCUUUGCCUUGAUUUGUAUGAAACAUGGUCUUCCCGCUCUUUUCUUUUUACGAGGUCAGGCAAAGAUUUGCACACGCUCAAAGAGGUGAAAAUGGAUGACACCAUUUUCUGCCACGUACCGAAUGUCCUCAAAUAGUGGACUCUGCUCUCAUAAAAACCGUGACCCUAUUAAACGCCAGGUGCAUUGUUAACUUGAAUAAAUAAACACUGCACCUCUGUUUAUUUCUCAAUACCGUUAUUUUGUUUUGUCUUAACCAGAACCCGUGGCCACUGUAAAGUUUCGUAGUGCUGCUUCUAGAGUGGAUUUAUUCCAUGAGGGACAAACACAAUAGUGUCCU